UGAACAUUUCUUUUAAAUAUAACAUCAUUAACACAUCUAACGCCACGGAAGACUUGUUAUACACCCACGAAGGGAACCUGUCGCCGUAAAGGCGUGUUAUUUACGAAGGAAGUAGCUUUAGCCCGCUAAGCAACUUACAAGAGCACUUCAACUCUCUUUAUCCAAAUAUCAAGGCUAAACAUCGGGAUCUACAACCCGUUUCAGAUUUACAUGUGAUCUGUUUUAUUUCUAGCGCUGACAUAAAAGUGAGGGGCACUGAAGUCAUGGAGGAAAUCAUGGGGGUCUGUGGUCUAGAAGCCAGAGGACUUGUUGAAGGGAGCAGUUCACCUCUGGAUGUUGAGACCCCAUCCCAGGAUAAUGUGGAGGAUUUCGCGGGGCUGGUGAGCAGUGAGGAGGAGAGAGGGGAGACGCCAGGAAGGGAGGGUAGUAACCCUGACCCCCUCGAUGGGGAGUUGGACCCUAAUGCUGAGAAAACCAAGGACCAAAAAGCAUUUGGCAAAGAGGUUUUGUUGCUGAUGCAGGCGCUUCAUACUUUAGCCACCCCAGAAGAAAAACUCGCUGCCCUUUGUAAGAAAUAUGCAGACCUGCUGGAGGAGAGUCGCAGCAUGCAAAAGCAGGUGAAAGUGUUGCAGAAGAAGCAGAACCAGGUGCUUAAAGAGAAGAUCCACCUGCAGAGCGAGCACAGCAAGGCCGUCCUGGCACGCAGCAAACUGGAGAGUCUUUGCAGGGAACUUCAGCGCCAUAACAAGACCUUAAAGGAGGAGAAUGCUCAGAGGUCCAGGGAGUACGAAGAGCAGCGCAAGGAGGCGACGCUGCACUUCCAGAUGACACUCAACGAGAUUGAGGCCCAGAUGGAGCAGCACAACUUGCACAACAGCAAGCUGCGGCAGGAGAACGUGGAGCUGGCUGAGAAACUCAAGAAGCUCAUCGAGCAGUACGAGCUCCGGGAGGAGCACAUUGACAGGGUGUUCAAACACAAGGAACUGCAACAGCAGCUGGUGGACGCUAAACUCCAGAGGACGGCUGAGCUGAUACGAGAGGUGGAGGAGAAACAGCAAAGAGAAAGAGAGUUUCUCCUGAAGGACGCGACUGAGUCCAGACAUAAAUGUGCGCUGAUGAAAGAGCAGGAGCAUCAGUUAAAGGAGCAGCUCACUCUGUACAUGGACAAGUUUGAGGAGUUUCAGACCACCCUCUCCAAGAGCAACGAGGUCUUCACCACUUUCCGACAGGAGAUGGAGAAAAUGACGAAGAAAAUCAAGAAGCUUGAGAAGGAGACCACGCUAUGGAGGACCAAAUGGGAGACCAACAACCAGACUCUACUGCAGAUGGCAGAAGAGAAAACGGUGCGAGACAAGAAUUACAAGGCCCUCCAAGGGAAACUGGAGCGUCUGGAGAAGCUUUGCAGGGCCCUCCAGAGAGAACGCAACGACCUGAACCUAAAACUGCAGGCCCUUCAGGACCCAGCGAAAGAUCCGGAGGAAGAAGGUACGGGGCCUCCUGACCCUCAGCCACAGGGGCUUAACCCAGAGAUGGAGGGAGAGAUGGAGGGUUUGGUGCCUCAAACAGAGAAACUCGGGCUUCAGCCUGAGGAAGUGGGCACCAUAUCAUCCACACAACUCACUGACGAAUGAUCCUGGCCUUCUGGUGGCCUUUCUUUUCCUUUCUUUUUGUGGAGGUAUAUAUUUUUGUCUAACUAUUAUCAUAAAAAAAUUAGUGGGGAAAAAGCAGGACAUUAGUGAAGACGCUAACUACUCUAUACGUUGGUAAUCCGCUUUGUGAAAAGCACUUUUUACUCCCUGUUUUCUAUCACAUUGUAUUUUCGUAGGAAAUGAUCAUGUGGUCCAAGACGGCCGCCAUGCAGCUUCGUUUCAUACGUUUUUUUUCCUUUUCCUUCCCCCUGUUCUCUGCUCAGCUGUGCUGUGCUUGCACGCUUUUACGUUCCUCUUGCAUAAAAUGUAGCUCUUCUCUCUGACCUCUAGAAUCUGAAUAAAUCAUUUUGGAUGCAUAUAAUGUUAAAUAUUGCCAUUUUAAAAUAGUCAACAAGCCAGUCCAGCUCUAGAUGACCAGAUAACCUUGAGACUUGAGAAACGGCAUUAAUAACAGGGGAGAUACAUUAACACACUCAACUACUCAUUGGCACUUUGAGUCUGAGCCAAGACGGGUCCAUGACAAGUCACGCUUCUGUUGCUUUGAUUGAAAUGGACUUUAAAGGAAGAUACAUGUCUUCUAAAUAGGAGAGGGGUCAAGACUCCUCUCCGCCUGGGACUGGUUUUCUAAUGGGACUCUGAUUAAGGGCUAGUUUGACUUUGAAAAAGGCUGCUACAUCUCCAACAAUUAUGUGAAAUCCUAAGACUUUCAAGAACUUUCUACGGGGAGGACUUUUUUUGUUGCAUGACAGACGAAGAGAAAGCAUCUUAACCAGCAGAA